ACCGUCUGUCUCUGGCAUUUCUUUCUAAGAAGAGAGGUGAGGAAAAAAGACUCUAGAGAAGAUGGUUCAAAGGCUCACUUAUCGUAGUCGCCAUAGCUAUGCUACCAAAUCAAAUCAACACCGUGUCGUUAAAACCCCAGGUGGGAAAUUGGUUUAUCAGACUACUAAGAAGAGAGCAAGUGGGCCUAAGUGCCCUGUUACUGGAAAGCGGAUUCAGGGUAUUCCUCACUUGAGGCCUGCUGAAUACAAGCGAUCACGAUUGCCUAGGAACCGAAGGACUGUGAAUCGUGCCUAUGGUGGUGUUUUGUCAGGCAGUGCUGUUAGAGAAAGGAUAAUCCGGGCCUUCCUGGUUGAAGAACAAAAGAUUGUGAAGAAGGUUCUCAAAAUCCAGAAGGCAAAGGAAAAGCAAUCCUCAAAGAGCUAGAAAUUUUAUUUCUGAUGAAAGCCGAAUUGUUUUUGGUUUGUUGGAUUUUACCCGUUAGAAAUUCUAUUUUUGUUAUAAUGGUGAUUGAUGAAAAUGUAGAACUUUCAAUAUUUUUCCUAUUAGGUAGUUUCAUACUGAUCAGUUUGCUGCUUGUUCACUUGACGAUGUAUCGAUUAUGAAGUUAUUGUUUAAUGAUGGUUUUAUUUUGUUGACGUGGU